CCAUUAUCAUCUUCAAACCACCACCUUCUUUAUCUUCAUCUUCUUGUUAUACUUCAAGUUUUCAAAUGGGCUCAUCUGUUUUGCCUCAUUUACCUCCUCCAUUGAAGCCUUCCUUCAGAAUUAUUUGUAAAGCUCAAACUGCUUGCAUUAUUCAUGCUUGCGUCGGGAUUAUUGAAUUGCAAUGGGCUUCUCACAGGACAUUUUGUACCAUAUAAUUAGACUACAGCUUCUGCAGUCUCGAGAAGGAGUGCAAUGGGAGUUCUUUUAUCAGGAUACAUUGCCACACAAUAUAUAGCCCUUGACAGUGCUCAUGCGCAACAAUCAGUUGGCUUUAGGGAGUAUAUAGACUUUUUUGAUGGUUAUUCCUUAAGGUACCCUCAGAACUGGAUUCAAGUUAAGGGUGCUGGGGCAGACAUAUUCUUCCGGGAUCCUUUUGUUCUUGAUGAAAAUCUUUCGGUGGAUAUAUCCUCUCCUUCAUCGUCUAGGUUCAAGAGUGUUGAGGAUUUAGGCCCACCAGAAGAAGCAGGGAAGAGAGUACUGAAGCAGUAUCUAACAGAGUUCAUGUCUACCAGACUUGGUGUUCGACGGGAGUCAAAUGUUCUUUCCACAUCUUCUAAACUUGCUGAUGAUGGGAGGCUCUAUUAUCUUGUUGAAGUGAAUAUCAAGUCGUAUGCCAACAACAAUGAGUUGGCGGUGAUGCCGCAGGAUCGAGUGGUACGACUGGAAUGGGAUCGACGGUACCUUUCAGUUCUUGGAGUGGAAAACAACAGGUUAUAUGAAUUGCGGAUACAAGCACCUGAAAAUGUAUUCCAAGAUGAAGAAAACGACCUUCGCCAAGUCAUGGAUUCCUUUAGAGUUAACAAAAUCACAGCUUAGUCUACUAAUUGUGAUUUCUGAUCCGAACUUCGUUCACUGCCCAUCAUUCUGGGGUGUUUGAUUUUGUAAUUCAAUUUGUUCUGAGUUGUGUCAAUUUUGGAUAACUUUAUGCAGCCAUUUCUUUAAGAUUUCUGAUCGGA